GACAGUUGCUAUAGGCUAGUCCCAGCAGGGCAGUGACUUUUGAGUUGGUUGAUGCUGUGCUAGCUUUGUUUUCAGGGAACAUGCUUGUCAUUGGAGGUAUCUGUGACUCACCAUUGUGAUCAAAAUUAGUUGUGAAUUCUGGUCUUGCCACUGUCACUGUUGAUUUGCUUAACCUUGUCUGAGCCCGUCUCUCUGGGCUUUAUUUCCUCAUCUGUCUCUGAGGUCCUUUCCAAUUGGAAGUUGCAAAGAUUCAUUGAGGGGAGAAAGGAAGGAGGAGCCUCAGCCUGUAGGAGCUUUCCUUUUUUAAAGAAAAAGGUCAACCCUUGGUUCUUAUAGAUGCUCAGAACAUGUUCUUGGGGGAAAACGCUGAAAGGUUUGCUUUGGGCCCUACUGGGCCUGGGGAGGUCUCUGGAGAACAGCUUGGGGCAGAAGGAGAAGCAGCGGAAGCUAUGGGUGGCUGCAUGGAGGACGAUGCACCCCACAAGAGAAGUGAGACCCUGCAGCUGAGGGAGCAUCAUGGCAGUGUUUCUGGAGGCCAAGGAUGCCCAUUCGGUCCUGAAACGAUUCCCUCGUGCCAAUGAGUUCCUGGAGGAGCUGCGCCAGGGCACCAUCGAGCGAGAGUGCAUGGAGGAGAUCUGCAGCUACGAGGAGGUCAAGGAAGUGUUUGAGAACAAAGAGAAAACGAUGGAGUUCUGGAAGGGGUACCCAAAUGCAGUCUACUCAGUUCGAGACCCCUCGCAGAGCUCAGAUGCCAUGUACGUGGUGGUACCCCUUCUGGGGGUGGCAUUGCUGAUUGUCAUCGCCUUGUUCAUCAUCUGGAGGUGCCAGCUGCAGAAAGCGACCCGUCACCACCCCUCCUAUGCUCAGAACCGGUACCUAGCCAGUCGCGCCGGGCACACCCUCCCCCGGGUCAUGGUGUACCGGGGUACUGUGCAUAGCCAAGGGGAGCCUUCUGGGCACCGAGAGGCAGCGAGCAGCCCCCAGGUGGUGCUGGGGCCCAGUCGGGGGGCCAGGACCACAGUCCGGCUCGAGAGCACCCUCUACCUCCCUGAGCUCUCUCUCUCCAGACUGUCCAGCACCACCCCUCCCCCCUCCUACGAGGAGGUGACUGCGCCCCAAGAGAGCAGCAGUGAGGAGGCCAGCGUGUCUUACAGCGACCCACCCCCAAAGUACGAGGAGAUAGUGGCCGCCAACCCUGGCGCUGACAAGUAGUGGGACGUUUGUGCCCUGUCCUGGAUGAACGCCUCUUUCCGAGGUCUCCUAUUUUCUUUUUAACUUUUUAAAGACUGUGCCACCACAAAACAGCCUUAGCCUCCUUGUUGCCAAAUAAUUCCCUAACUGUGGAGUUUUAGGAAGUCAGUUGUCAGAGAUAGGUGGGGAGGGUGGGGGUAGGGACCAGGCAUGAGUCGAAGCCCCCGGGAAGAGCCAAAGGCCAAAGUGCCCAACUCUUUGGGAUGACCCCCAAGCCUCCAACAUCCUGUCUUUCUAUCAGGAACUGGCUUCUCUUAUGCCAAAGGAAUAACCCCAUUGAGUUGAUUGUGGCCAGAAUGUCCACAGGCCUGGCCCGGGGGCUGUGGGACUGGCUGGAGGCCUGUCUGUGUCUAGAGCUCUGGGCCACAGGGGUAUGGGAGGGAAGCCAGCCUUUCAGCACCCCUUACCCUCCACAGUUCUGUGCUUUCUGUCCUUGCUUACAUUUGGAGGACAGGGACAAGGAUUGAGCAAAAACAGAAUGAAAAAAUCAUGACAAAUAAAUAAUUAACACAAUA